CCCAGCAUACAAAGUACCUGCAACUGCAAAGGGGCUGCUCAGAAAAGGCUGCAAACUUGCCUGAAGUUGUAAGAAAAUCAAAGCCUUCAGCUCCAGGAGGACAGGGCGUUUCUCUGCCGAUUCAAAGAGAGGAAGCGCUGAGCCCUUCUCUGCCUCACGAUCUUCCUUCCCUACUUUUCAGCACAUCAUGCAAAUUCCUCUGGGGAAGCCAGCAAUGCUCCUCUGGAUGCUGGUCAUCACCUUUGCUGCAGCUCUUAAAGGUACCCCUUCCCCCAUAAAGAUGGUGGCAUCUGGUCCCAAGGAGGGGAAGGUCUCUGGAUCACUCUCACUCAGCUGUACUAUAACAGGAGCACAUCUGCAUAGCCCUAAAUAUGACUGGAAUUGUGUCCGUCAGGUCCCAGGAGGGGAGCUGCAGUUUCUAGGCUGGAUCUAUCCAUUUGGGAACAACACAGGCUAUGCCCCACACUUCCAAGGCCGAGCCACCAUCUCUGCAGAUAAAGGCAGAAAUGAGGUCUCUGUGCAGCUGCGCACCCUUACUGCUGCAGACACAGCCACCUAUUUCUGUGCCAGGCAGCACACGUGUGGUGAGGGAAGUGGGUUUAUCUGACUGCGUGCAAACAAUGUGGCAACAGACAAGCUUGUGUUUGGAACUGGAAUCCAUUUUUCAGUUGAGCCAGAGAACCAAGAUGAAUCUGCCCCAGAAGUCCUUGUGCUUAAAUCGAAGGAACCCAGGCAACACAAGAACAAACUGAAUGUAGCUUGUUUGGCCAAGGCUUUCUACCCAAAGAACAUCAGCCUGGACGUGCCCCAGGGUGACCUUGUGUAUGAGCUUAAGGAACCUCUUGUCACAUUGGAGGGGACGUAUGGUACCAUGAAGGUAGUUGGAGUGGAUGCAGAUGUGGAGGUGACCUGCAAGGCUGUGCACAAGGGGAACAAGGCUGCAGACGGCCUCAUUCUGGCAGAAGAGAAGUCGGAAGAAUUGGGAAUACUCAAUACUUGCACCAUUGCAGAUGCCACUACUGAAGAUGUUCAGAUGGAGAAGGUGAACAAGCUGUUCAUGGCUGUUUGUGGUUUGAGAUUCCUUCUGGCAAAGAGCAUUGCUUUCAAUAUGAUCCUGAGUAUCAAGCUGCUGCAUUUCUAAGGGAAAUAUCUUUCAGUCCCUGUGAGUGCAGGAGGUACUGGGUAAGCGAGCCAGCACGGGGUGAAGAGGAGCAGUGAAGAGCACACAGGAGAAUAAUUGAAACAUCAUAAGUCAGCUUUGCUACCAGUAAACAUGUAAAGAACCAACAAACCCACAGUUCCCACAGAUUUAGGAGUCUUUUCACUUCAUCAAGGUCCUUUUCAGUUAUCACCAUCUGGAAACCUUCUGAGACAGCAACAACUCAUGUCUAGCUUAACUUCACUGAUUGUUGGAACAAUUUCUGUUAUUCCUUAUUUCUAGAAGAGCUUUCCCUCACACCUUAGCUCACUCUGCUCCUGUACCCAUUGCACUGAAGCAUCCAAAUCGCUGGGGUGGUUUCAGAAACUUCAAAUUGAAAUUUGUGCUUCCUAUGCUUUAAAAAUAUCAUCUCUGGUCGUAUCACAUUGUUGGCUGCAGAAGGAACGCUUUUUUGCUUGGGGAGAGCUGCAUCAUUUUCAUUUUUAGAAGCUUUUGUUAGUGGUGGUUUUCCAGUGCAGGCACCUGGAUCUCCAGUGGACUGAAGGAAUUCAGUUCAGGCAGGAAUGCAGGAGUACUGCCAUUUCCACCUCUCCUUUAGACCAAUCUUCUCUUUCCUGAAGUAUUGGUACCUGCAGUUUAGGUUUCCUUAAUGUACACAAAAAAUAAAGGUUUCUCAUG